AUGAAUUAUUUGACACUUCUCACUCUUCUGGCUCCAACGGCACUCGCGUACAAUGUCCCACAUGGCUUCCUCACAGGUGAAGCUGUAACUUCACACUCUGGCCCCAACGAUCUCGAUGCAGAACUUCAACACGGUGGUGAUGAUGAAGUGAAGCGAGAGAAAAGGGGCUAUUUCUUCCCUUCAAAUUUUCAAAAUGACGGUGGUUUAUUGGCUCGUUCAGAGCAUCCAAAUGAGUAUCUCAAGAAAUGGAUUGUUCAUGAGCACAACCGCUACAGGCGAAUGGUCCCAGCUUCCGAUAUGAACAUGCUUUACUGGUCUGAUGAGUUGGCAGCUUCUGCUCAACGCCAUGCUGACACUUGUGAUUUCCGUCAUUCACGUGGACGUAUCAACGUCGGUGAGAACAUAUGGGCGGCGCCUUAUAGCAAUUACUCAGACUCCAUCUCGAUCUGGUUCAAUGAGGUCCACAAUCCAAGAUGUGGAUGCAAUCAUGCCUACAAACACUGCUGCGGUCACUACGUUCAGGUUGUCUGGGCUAAGACCAACCUCGUUGGAUGUGGAUUCUCCCGUUGUCGUGAUGUUCAAGGUGUCUGGGGACGUGGUCAUCGAAAUGUCUUCGUCUGUCACUAUAAUCCACAAGGAAAUACGGUAUUCGUCACAGCGCGAGGACAGCUUUAUGCGAUGCCAGCCUUCACAUGGGCUUCUGGUGACAAUGGAAGAUGCUCCAAUUGUCCAGCGAAUGCUCCAGCAUGUUAUCAAGGACUUUGCUAUAUGCCGAAGAACUACGAACACUCAACUACAACAACUCCUUCAACAACUAUGACAACAACUGAAGAACCAACGACGACUUGUUCUCCAGAUGAGGACGUUGAUCCGAAUGACGCUGAGGCGGAGGGAGCUGAUGAUGAUCAAUUCCGACUGAGAGCAUGA